CUGUAUGACAAGUACUGGAGUAAUAGACUGGAACAUCAGUUAUGUAGCACUAGGAUCGUGUGAUCAGAACUUGAUAAAUGUCAAAUCAGAAAUUUUCAAUGCAGCUACAACUGAUAAUGCUAUAGAAUAUUAUGGAUACAAUUUUACCCAUAAUGCUGAUAACAACAGCUCAAGCCUCACCUUUUAUUUGAAUACAUCUGAAAGUGUUUCUGUUACGUGUAGAAAUGGUGAUAAAGGAGACGGUGCAACUCUAGUAAUCCCUGACGCAGGCUAUGUAAAAGCACUAAUAAACUUAACAACAGACUUCAAUGCAAGUGGAGUUACUCUACACUGGGAGGAUAUUGGGAAUAACUGUGAUUCUACUGUGUAUAACGUGGCUAUUUAUGAUAAUACAUCAACCAGUGUAUUGAUACAUAAUACUAGUGACACAACGUUACAUAUAAACUCAAGUGAUUUAUUAAAAAAUGUAACCUACACAUACACUGUUAAAAGGUGCCAGCACUGUAGUAUCAGUAAACCAUUCACACUUGCUCCCAUUGAAGUAAUGAGUGUUACAAUAGCUACCACUAAUACUUCUGAUCCUUGUAAAAAUGAUAGUUGCUGUGUUAAUGUUACACUGAAUAUAAUACUGGAAUCAUCAGACAUGUGUUUAAAGCAUCCAAGUCAGAACUACAGUAUAUCAUACAAUUCUAAUACUGAAGAUAAACCAGUAACAUUUAAAAUAAAUGAAACAAAAUGGACUGGAUCAUUAAAACACAAUGAGACCUAUUGCUUUAUCGUCACACCAAUGAAUGAUUUUAUCACAGGAGAGCCAAUAAAUAAUGAUACAAUGAUUACUGAAUAUCAAUGUAAAUCACCAGGAAAUGGAAAUAAUGGUAGUAAUGGAGGAGGUGGAGGAUGGGGCAUAGGAUGUAUUUUAAUAAUUAUUUUUGGAAUCAUCAUUGGACCCAUUUUUGUGAUUACCAUAAUCAUCAUAAUCAUAUACUUCUUAUGCAAAAAGAGAAACCAAGCAAGAAGAAAUAACAAUUGAAUAAGCUUUAAUAAGUGUUGUUUUUGUUAUUGGUAGGAACAAGAGUACUUUUGGUACAAAAUAUUAUAUAAUUAGAAUUAAAAUUUACAUUAAUUUAUUGUCAUUUUUUGAUUUUAAUAAUAACAAUAGUAUUACAUCAAUUAGACAAAUGUAGUAGCUAUACAUGUGAUCACUAUAAAUUUAUGUGUGAUUUCCAUAUCAUGACAAAGUUAUAACUUUUUGCUUGUUAAAGGCAAUACCGGUAUGCACAUAAGAGUCAUGUAAAUACUGUCCACAAGUUGUUUUGACAGUAAAAAGAGAGCAAAUGAAUGUUAUUUUCAAUGUUUUGUAUAUCAAUAAUAAAUACAGCACCUACAAACUUAACAACAACCUUCAAUGCAAGUGGAGCUACUUUACAAUGGGAGGAUACUGGGAAUAACUGUACUUCUACUGAGUAUCAAGUGAUGGUUAUUAGUUGUUCAUGUACAUCAACCAGUGUAUUGAUACAUAAUACUAAUGAA